AAAAAAAAAAAAAAUCCUAGAGAGAGAAUGUAGAGAGAGAGAGAGAGGGUCAAAAGAGAGGUAGAAGAGAAGAGGAGGGGGGAAACAGGAGUAGCCAAUUUCUUCUUCAAACUUCAAAAACCCUAAAAAUCCCAGCUUUUGAAUUUCUAGGCUCCAGUUUGACAAACUUCGUUGGGGGUUUUACUUUGGGAGAAAGGAAAGAUCGCGGGUUGGAGAGCAGUUGUUUUCCUGUUUGCUGGUUUUUGCUUGCUCAUGAAAUUUCUAGGGUUUUGCUUGGUUUUUGAUGGAUUUUAAUGGCGAGUAGAGGAGGAGGAGUUGGAGGCGGAGGCGGAGGAGGUGGCGGUGGAAUUGGUGUGGAAAAUGCUAAGGAGGCAACGAUUGAUAUGCCGAGCUUCGUUUCUUCGAUUAGUACAGCUGGAAACAACAUGCACAACUCUCGAAUUUCCGACAUAAGGGCGCUUGAGCAAUCACUGGGAUUCCGCUUAGAGGACAUUGCUGAUUUAAGUAGAAAUCCCUUGUUUAAUCAAAAAUCAGGAACCCAAGCUACUGGUUCUGAUCCUCUACAGUUUAGCUCAUUUACUGCACAAUUUGCUUCAAAGGAUACAAUUCCAUCUGCUGCAAGAGUUGGUUCAGUGACGCUUCCUCAGCAGAAGGGGCAACCAUCGAAUCUUGGUUCAAUAACGAGCAAUCCAGUAGAGAACUGGGGAGAAUCGACAAUGGCUGAGGGAAGCCCUAGGACUGAUACUUCAACAGACAUAGACACUGAUGAAAAGAACCAACAGUUUGAACAAGGACAUCUUGCAACUAUUGCAGCUUCAGAUUCUAGUGAUAGAUCAAAGGAAAAGACAAGCGAUCAAAAGACGCUUCGUCGGCUUGCUCAAAAUCGUGAAGCUGCAAGAAAAAGUCGAUUGAGGAAAAAAGCAUAUGUGCAACAACUCGAGAGUAGCAGGGUGAAGCUUGCUCAACUCGAGCAGGAGCUCCAACGAGCUCGUCAGCAGGGCAUUUUUAUCUCGAGCUCAGGAGAUCAGUCUCAUUCUAUGAGUGGAAAUGGGGCCUUGGCCUUUGACAUGGAAUAUGCGAGGUGGCUGGAAGAUCAAAACCGACAGAUCAAUGAGUUGAGGGCUGCAGUGAACGCCCAUGCAAGUGAUACUGAUCUUCGAAUCAUUGUUGAUGGUAUCAUGGUACACUAUAGCGAGAUGUUUAAGCUCAAAAGCACUGCUGCCAAAGCUGAUGUUUUUCAUAUGUUGUCGGGGAUGUGGAAAACACCUGCAGAAAGGUGUUUCCUGUGGUUGGGGGGCUUUCGCUCAUCUGAACUUUUAAAGCUACUAGCAAAUCAGCUAGAACCGCUAACAGAGCAGCAGUUGGAGGGAAUAUGCAACCUCCAGCAGUCCUCGCAGCAAACUGAAGAUGCUCUUUCUCAGGGGAUGGAAGCGCUGCAGCAAUCCCUGGCUGAUACACUGGCUUCUGGAUCCUCCGGGCCCACAGCAGGUGGUUCCGGAAACGUUGCAAACUAUGUGGGUCAGAUGGCCAUGGCCAUGGGAAAGUUGGGCACACUCGAAAACUUUCUUUGUCAGGCUGACAACUUGAGGCUGCAAACACUGCAACAGUUGCACCGUAUACUGACAACCCGUCAAGCUGCACGUGCGUUGCUCGCCAUCCAUGACUACCACUCUCGUCUCCGUGCAUUGAGCUCUCUCUGGCUUGCUCGUCCAAAGGAAUGAGAACGGCAAAGACAGUAAGGAUAUCGCGUACUUCAGUGGGGGUAAUUCUUGGAUCACACGAGCUCAUUCGGGGGUUUCGGGUUUCCCUGGCGUAGAAGAAAAUGUUUAUGUCCAACAUUGUAACAUGUUGUAGUGUAGUGGAGACGCUUUUGCAUGCCUAUGUUGUACAAUGUCGGGAAAUAUAGUUGGCAAUAAUAUUAUUGGGGUAUUUGGUUGGUAGCUUAACAUGUAUAAUAAAGUUUUAAAUAUUUAUGUUCUCAAGAUGUCGUUAAUUGAAAUGCAUUUCUUGAAAUUUUAUA